AUGUGGAUGAAAUGGUCAACUGCUACAACUCCACUCUCCAGGCCAUUCUUGACAAACACGCACCUCCGAAAACUAAGGCUGUCGUCAACAGGAAGUGAGUUCCCAGGUUUAACAGUCAGAUCCAGGUUUAACAGUCAGAUGAAGGCUGUCAUACGGACUAGACGAAAGGCUGAGAGGAUCUGGUGCAAGUCUAAAUCUGCGCAUGACCUUCGUGUUUUUUAAGGCGAAGAAAAACCAUGCAACAUUCAUCAUGAAUCAAGCCCGUUGUGAAUAUUACACUCCCCAACAAAACAGCUCUGACCAGAGGAAGCUAUUCCAAACUACUUAGGCCUUGUUGUGUAAUGCUUAA